CGCGUGCCCUUAUUGGCUCCCCGCGCACGCCCUUCAUGCUCAUUGGCUGUCGCGCUUGUACGCCCUCGCGCGCGGGCUGCCCUAGCGCGGCGCGCCGCAGGGUCCCUCACUCCGCCCGUUCCCCCCCAGCCGCAGUGACCCUGCCCCGCUGCCCCCCGGGCCGGUUCCGGUGCGCGCCCCGCGCCCCCUGCGUGACCGUCGAGUGGCGAUGCGAUGGGCACCCCGACUGCGAUGACGGAGAGGACGAGCUGGGCUGCGGGACCGUGCCCCCGGCGGAGCCGAGCCCCGGCGGCGCAGAGGCUUCAGCUACCCCUGUGCCUGAGGGCUCAGCACCACCCAGCAGCCCAGACCGCCUGUGGAUCCUGGUUAUUGCAGCGCUCCUGAGCAUCCUGGUAGCUGUUGGUUCUGUUGCUGUGUGGAGCAUAUCCAAAGCAAAAAGCAGAUCUGAUAUCUUCAGUCCUGAAAAAGCAUGCAGAGAACGGCUGAUGCCUGACAAGAGCCAGGGGAGCUCAUUUCCCUAAAGGGGAUCUGUACUGUGAGGUGAUGAGAUGGGGCCAGCCUGGUCUCCCUCCAGCUGGCUCUAUUGGACCCAUAAGCUGUCAAGUCUGAAUUGUUACACUGGAAUAGCAAAGGAUGCUCCCCUUGGAAAUGGAUUUUAGAUUGUGGGACUACUUUAGCUCUGGAAAUAGCACAGGACCUUCCCCGGUGCUGUGAAAUCACCCCUCACACAAGCUGGUAGAAGUGUC